AUGAGAACAACCAUGGAGGGCACGAUGGCAAAUCCUUUGACACGGUUCACCAAACUCGGCCCUUCUGUCUACAUCCAUGAUCCAAAUUCGGACACUGUCUCCCGAGUUGGUCAACCGGUGAUUCUCGUUGCUUUCUGGAUGGAUGCGCCCGCCCGUGCACUGGUCAAAUAUGUUGAUGAAUACUCACGUAUUAUUUCCUCUGCGCGAAUCAUCUUCCUUUGCAGCUCUUCCAACGACUUCUUUUUCCGCUCCACGGCGGGAGCGCAACAGGCUCAGCUUGCGCCAGCAGUUGCAGCCCUUCGCGCCUCCGUGACGCCGGAAUGUCCGGUAUUUAUGCACCUCUUCUCCAACGGAGGUGUGUUCCGGACCACACAUCUACUGAAAGCCUACCGUCAGACCACUGGGAGACCACUUCCGAUCUCAUCGAUGAUUAUCGAUAGCGCCCCCGGGACUGCGAGCAUCACUGCGGCAAUGAGAGCUUUUUCCUUUGCGAUGCCCCGACUAUGGAUUUUGCGGUGGCUCAGUAAAGGCGCUUUGUUGAUCAUGCUCGUCUGCAUCAAGCUCUACCAAAUGAUCGCACAAACUCCCGAUGCAAUCAGUGUGGCUCGCAGAUCAAUCAAUGACAAGAGCCUUGUCGAGGCAGCCAAUGCAGAAGGAAGGCUCACUCGGUGCUACAUUUACUCUGAUGGUGACGAACUCGUUGAUUGGCAGGAUGUCGAGAGGCACAUGUCGGACUCGGAGGCGUGUGGCUGGACGGUGCAUCGCGAGAAGUUCCAAGGGACUCCUCAUGUGGGUCAUAUGAGGGCGCAGCCUGAACGAUACUGGUCUGUCAUUCGAAAGUAUCUGCAGCCGCUUGAGUCGCAAGAAUGA